GUGCAUCCACUGAAAGAUGGAGGCCAUUCAGGUAUAAACUCUUCCCAUUCCUAGCUUGGACUUCGAUUAUGACACUCUUUUUAGCUCUUUCUAUAGUGUUUGCAGAUUUUAAGUGGACUGCACAAAUUGUUUUCUCUGUAUUUACAAUAGAAUUGUUAUGUGUGUUCGUACUCUUUUUUUAUUUACUGUUUACAAGUGAGAUAGCACAGGAUCUUGAAGUGUUUAAUGAAGAAUAUGAAAAAAGGAUAUUUAAACUACUAACAGCAGCUUCUAAUGGUAAUUUGACUGAAAUGCAAAGAUUGAGGAAUGAACAGUGUAUAGAUAUGGAAGAUGUGGAUUAUGACAGUCGUUCUGCACUUCAUUUAGCAGCAUGUUCAAAUCAGACUAAAGCUGUGGAUUUUAUUGUAAAACAUCACCUAUGUUUCCCAGAAGCAACAGAUAGAUGGAACCGAUCGGCUGAGGAUGAUGUUAAGUGGCACCAGAAAAACAAAAAGUAUCAUCAUGACACUGACAGUUAUAAGGAAAUCUUGGAAAAAUUAAAGAACUAUAAAGAACAAUACCAAUCAAAAAGGAAAGAGAAGACACAUUUUAGAGAAAAUAAAGCUAUGGAACUGAUUAAAGCAGCUGAAAAGGGAGAUCUACAUACAAUUAAACGAUUGUUUAAACUUGGAACUGAUGUGAACCUGCCUAAUUCUGCUGGGAGGACAGCAUUACAUGCUGCUGCAGAGAAUGGAAUGAAACACAUAGUAGAUUUUUUAAUAGACACAUGUGAAGUGUCACCAUUUGUAAGAUGGAGCAAUAAAAGACCCAUUGAGAUCUUAAAAGUUGAUGAGAAUGAAGUAACACAGCAAAUAUCUGAAAAGUUACAACGCUAUAUGGAUGACUUGAGAGAAGAAAAAGUUGCUGGAAAGGAGGCCCUGCCAACAGAAGAUGUUCAGAUUGUUCGGCUUCUAAACUGUGCGUCAAAAGGAUAUCAAAAGGAUGAGACACUUCAAGGAGUGUGGUUACAAAAUGGAUGCUUGUGAUUAUGACAAACGUACAGCACUCCAUAUUGCAGUCAGUGAUAAUCAGGAACAUAUUGUUAAAUUCCUGUUAGGAGAAUGUAACCAACAAGGGAUUGCUAAGAAUGGGGGAGACAGAUGGAAUAUAACUCCUUGGGAAGCUGCAAAAAGUUCUGCUAUGGAUGUUGUAUAUAAUGAAUUUUUGAAUCAUUGUCCAGAGUUAAUGGACACAGAGAAUGAUGAUUAUAGGACCUGUAGAUUGAUAUAUGCUGCAGCAACUAAUGACAUUUCCACCCUACAAAG